UGUUUAACACUUUUGAAAAGAACACUUAAACAGCUUCCUAGAAAUAUCUUUGAAGGUUUGUUACUGAACCGCGGACCUUUAUACAUUUAUGAGAAAUUCAAAGAUGCAAGAAUGCAGAGAGUGCACAAACUAUGUCGAGUUCGACUGCAAAGGGUUAAAAACCUCGGUGCUUGCGACAACAAUAAUGGCAAUUAUUGCCCGCUCAAUCUUGCCACCAUAGAUUCGAUCGUAGAUUCGCUAGCUCGCGCGAGGGAUGAGCCUCUCUCAUUGUUAGGUGCAUGGCCAAACACGUACACGUACACGAAAGCAGUAGCUGAAAGUGUCAUCGUGAAACAGGCCGGCGAGCUGCCCGUUGGAAUAUUUCGUCCUGCCAUUGUGAUAUCGACGUAUCGAGAACCGGUACGAGGAUGGAUCGACAAUCUGUACGGACCAACGGGUGUCGCAGCUGGGGCUGGCACCGGUGUCUUACGGUCGAUUCAUUGCGACGGAUCCAUACAAGCCAAUGUCGUUCCUGGCGAUUUAACAGUAAAUGCUCUGAUAGCUUGCGCUUGGGACAUAGCGAAUCGCCGAAAAUCUGCCGAAGAAACGGAAAAUGACAUACCCGUUUACAAUUACGUUUCGAAAGAUAAUCCCAUAACGUACGAUCAGUUGAAAGUUUUAUCCGAAAAAUACGGGCUUCAGUUUCCCACUAGCAGAGCCAUAUGGUACUAUAGCUUCCGAAACAACAAGCACAAGAUAAUUCAUCUGAUGUACGUUUACUUGUUACAUUUGUUGCCGGCACUCUUGAUCGACACCAUCACGCUCUGUUUAGGAAAAGAACCGAGGAUGUUAAAAAUUUAUAAAAAGAUACACAAAUUUAUGGAUGUGCUCAACUAUUUCUCUACCAAGGAAUGGAAAUUUUCAAACGACAAUAUUAAAGGAUUACUGAGUAAAAUGACAAAGGAAGAUCGUGAAAAUUUUGCAUUCGAUGUCACUGAAAUUGACUGGGAUCAUUAUUUUCGAAUGUAUGUACGUGGAAUUCGUAUGUAUCUGAUAAAAGAUCCGCUAGAUACUCUUCCAAAGGCACGUGCCAAGUGGCAAAGAUUAUAUUGGACUCAUCAGGUGGUCAAGCUGAUUUUUGGCUACGCUCUCUUACGAAUAUGUUGGUUAACUUUGUCUCUUCUCUUUCGAAAUUGUAUACGUCAAUUCGCGUAGCAAAUGCGUACUGUUGACGUGUACGACGGGCGGAAAUCGGCAGCUGCGCGGCAAUGCACGCGCAACAAUACGUCAGAUAUGCACAUACAUGUAUACCUCUGUUUGUUCGAACUUGGUCGAGGAUCGAGCAUCGAGCAUCGUUUUUUGUCUCAACUUCGUCGUCGCCAGAAAAUCUUGCUCCCGUGUUUGUGAUCCCGUGAAAGUGCUGAGGCUGCUUUCGACUGAGGCAGCCGACUUGCCUGAGAAUAACUCGGAACAACGAAGAAGGAAGAAGAAAAGAGAAAGAAAACACGAUGAAAAGAAGAAACAUAUUACACGAUUUGAUUCGUUCGACUUUUAUUCGAUUCAAAAAGUCGUUGUACAACCAUUUGGCAAUUCCAAUCUGACAUACGUUUGAAAAACGUUUGCAAGGAAAUGACGAAACACGGUCUAUUUCCUUUCGUUUCUCUUCCUUUUUUUCUUUCUUUCUUUCUUUCCCUUUUUCCUUAUUUCACGGACGUCCUUGUCGAGACGUAUCGGGCAAAUACCGCCUAAUUUUCAAUUGUGUUUCAAACGUGUGCAAAACUUGUUGUACUGUUUACGCUUUCAUUUGUAAUAAAAAACACAGUUUCCUUUUUAUGGAAAUCAUAAUUGGUUCGAUUUACUUACUCUUGUGACGACGAGAUAUCACGUACAGAUAGCUCGUCGUCACGAUAAAUCGGCUUUAGUAACAACUGGUCACGCCAGUUUGAAUCGCACCAAUUGUUUAAUGUCGCUCGACGAUAAAUAUAUACAAUUCUUGCACAGGAUUCCCCACAACUCGCGGAAUUUUAUUUAUUUCCAAAUAAAUCAACGGACGUCUCUUAUGGUAUACCUAGAUAAAUAAAUAAAUAAAUAACGUGUAAAUAUACGAUAUACGAUGUGUGAUUAUUCGUUCUUCAAACGUAAGAAAAUACAUCAUACGUAUGCCCGAAUUUGGGAUUUUUUCGUCUUUUUUCCAACUUGAAUCGCUCGACUAGUUCACUCUCACCGUUCUAUCCCUACCGCUAUCUUCCGAAAUCUUUCCUUCUUAAAUUACCCGUUUGUCCACUUUCUUUUUCUUGCAUCACCAACUCCUCUUCGGUUGGGUUGCCCCUCUCGAGUCGUCUCGUCGCUCCAAAGGUCAUACCGAAAAAUUCCAAAGAACGUUGCUGCUAGCGUUAGUUACACAGUUCACAUCCAUCCCGUGCCUUCUACUCUAUCGAUUUCAUUCUAAUAUCUCGUGAUUUCAUA